UGUGUCAAAGUUGGUGUAGUCCUAUUGGACAGGAGAUAAUGUUUCAGGGGGUCAGACAUAGAGAUCUGUAUUUAACCCACUUGGCCCUGUUAGUGCAGUGAAGACAGCUUCCUGCAGGGGUUCGAGAUGAUUUCUUCAUUGUGGUCGUUGGGGGCACUCUGCUGUCUGAUGUUGCUCCCAGGCCUGUUGGAGGCUAAAUCUUUGUUAAACGCUAUCAAGCAGGAAGAGAUGGUACCCGUCAGUGAUGUUGGUAUUGACUCAGAGAAAGCAAAUGGCUUUCUGAGUCACUCCAGACCGAAGCGUAACGUGGACCCCAGGUGGUACAGAGGAAACCCAGACUUCCAGGCUUACUACCGCUACUACAGCAGCAUCGGACACACUGAGGGGCUCUAUGAGAUCGACAAGCUGCGGAUGCUCUACCAGCAGAUGAGGUACCUGGAGCACACCUAUGGCCCCGACGCUUCCUAUUUCCAGAGCAAACUGGGAGUGCCGAUGAUCAUGUGUGACCCAGCCACAGACAAGAAUUGCAAAGUCGCUCUUCCUCCUCCUCCCCCAAUGAAAGGGGGCCCAAAGCCCACAGAGCCCCCAGCAACCCCUCCUCCUCUCCCUCCUGCUCCAGCCAUUUCCCAGGCUGAUGUACUCUACCUCUGCAACAAGAAAGACCCCCUCUGUAAGCCCCACAUCGUCUACCUGCCCACCGGCUCCGUGCCUGUGCUCUGUGACCCCCGUUACCACCCCCACUGCACUCCCCAGAAAGUUCCAGCUCCAGUCGCAGUGCCCCAACCUCCUCCCCCUCCACCAAAGAAGUCCGCCCCACCUCCACCUCCACCUGUCCUCGUCAAGAAGUCUCUCCCGGCCCCCAUCCGCACCUUCAAGGGUAUGGAGUACGACUGUGACCCCUACUGGGACCCCGACUGCCUGAUUGACCACCCACCCAGGCCCAUUAAGGGGAAGAUCGUGGUCCCCCCGCCGCCACCACCACCCCCUCCUGUGGAGGAGGAAAAGAAAGAGGAACCAAUGGAGCAGCCAGCUCCCCCUGCUCCCAUCGAGAAGAAAGUAGGCCUCUACCCUUACCCUUACUACUACCCCAAGCCCUACGACCCCAGGGAUGAUCUGUAUGACCCGGCCCGCUUCCAGUACCCACAGCCGGCUGCUGCUGCCGAUGAGCCUGCACAGUCAGGCCACAGUCAGUAAAAACAUCCAGGAUGUGUUGGAAGAAAGGUGUUUUUAAUUACAAUAAAAUAGACUGAUUGAAAACAUCUAUAUUGAACAUUUUCAUAUUUUGAGAGAUUUGAACAUCUUGCAAAUGCGAAUACAUGGAAUACAACCUGUACUACAGCAAUGAAAAGUUGCAGUAUUUGUUUAAACCUUAUUACAUUGAUAACUGUUAAUGUAUUUACCAUCACUGUCGAUAAGUAAAAAAUCUGUUUUCAGUCCACACAAGUAUGUGAUGCAAAUGAUUUGAUUGAUGUAAUGAGAUAAUAAAGU